GUAAGAAAUAUAUUUUCCAAUUAAUGUAAAGACAUUAUAGAUUGUUACAACCAUACAUAUAUAUCAUAGUACGUUUGAAAUAGAUAGAUAGUAAACUGAUGGUAAGAUAUAUACGUGCCACACGUAUUUUAUCAAACUAAUACUCUGACAUAAGUUUGAUUUUAUCUAUAUAAAAGAUUGUCUUCUAUCUCAUGACAAUUCAAAGAUUAAAAAUUUAUAAUUAAAACUCGUUCGUUCUUCCUACAUACGGCUAGACCGAUGUACAUAUGUAUGUAUGUAUAUUGAAUGAAAGAAUUCUAUUACACACUAGUAAUUAUCUUACAUUGUGUGAUAAUGAUAGUCGUACGAGAAAUCAACUUGACAUAAAUCAUCCGUCAUACUCAUAACUGAGUCAUCCUGAAUAUUUUAUAAGAAUAUUACUGAUAAGUAUAUACAAAGGGUUAACUUCCCUUCGAUUUCUGAACGAAUAUCAUUCAAUCUAUUUUAACGUUCCCUCAACGAUAUGGACAUCUUUGAGAAACGUUUCUAUAAACUUAAUUAUCGUCUUUUAUCCUUCCUUGGUUUGUGGCCCUACGAAAAAUCUCGUUUAAGUCGUGUUUGUCUAAUAAAUGUCGUAAUAUUAUCGAUCAAUAUGACACAGGUACUUAAAUUAUGUACCUCUGAUGGAAAUUUUGAUGUUAUGAAAGAAGUUAUACCUUUUUGGGCUACAUCGUUAAAUGUUGUCAUUAAGUAUUAUACUUUUGAUCUCAGUGUACUUGAUAUUAAAUUGCUUAUGGACAAUAUGAUAUUGGAUUGGAAUAUGUGGAAAUCCAAGGAAGAGAUUGACAUUAUGAAGAAGUUUGCCCAUUUGGGAAGAAUGUAUACUUUAGGAUACACAAUAUACAUAUACAUUUUCAUGUCAUUAUUUCUAUUGGUGACAUUCAUUCCACCCUUAAUGGAUGUUAUUAUGCCAUUAAACGAAAGUCGUCAUAUGGAAUUACCUGUCGUCGGUGAAUACUUCCUUGACGAAAAGAAACAUUUCUAUUUAAUUUAUUGUCACAUGGCUGUUACGAUAACAAUUAGUAUAACAGUAUUAAUUGCAACUGAUACACAACUGAUGGUCUUUUGUUGUCACGUUAGCGGUACAUUUGCGGUCGUAGGUUUUCGUUUGGAACACUUUUUGAAAAAUGACGUCACUCUCGACGAAUUGUCCGAUCUUCAAAGGAAAGAAUGUUAUAAACAUGUUUCGUUAUCAAUCAAAGGACACAAGAGAGCAUUAGAAUUCGUCAAACGCAUGGAAUCAUUAUUUUCAUAUUCUUUGCUGAUGCAAUGUGGCUUGAACAUCGUUUGUAUGAGCAUUUGUCUGUAUCAAAUAAUAAAGUUGUAUGACAACUCAGUAGAAACAAUUAAAUUUAUUGCAUUUUUCAUUGGCGAGUUAUUUCAUUUAUUUGUUGCCAGUUUAUCCGGGCAAACUAUAAUAGACUAUAGCAGUGAAGUUUAUUUCAAGGCUUAUAGUGGCUUCUGGUAUGAGUCGCCUAUGGAAGUACGUAAAUUACUGAUAUUAAUAAUGAGAAGAAGUCUUGAACCUUCUCGGCUGACUGCUGGUGACAUAUUUAUCUACUGUCUGGAUGGUUUUGCAACGAUCGUGCAAACUUCUACCUCAUACUUCAUGGUACUUUUAAUUAUUUCUACUUUAAUAGUGAACAAACAUAUACUUGAAUUAGUUAUUUACAAUGCUAAUAAAUUGUAUUUGGUAUAG